AUGGCAUCCUCCGUCAAACUCCAUCCUCGACCUCUCGAAAAGUCAACCGAGCCGCUGGACCAGUUUCCUUCUGUAAUCCAGACGCCAGCAGGCUUGGCUAUUCUUGAGCUACAAGGCACAAUCAACUUGCCGGAAACUGAUGAGUCGGACAGCACCGCAAUCCCUAUCGGAAGACUUUCAUUCCCGGACUACCAUCCAGACACCCAGGACAGCUCGGGCACGGCUUGGAUGAAGCGGGUGCACCUUUUCAUCGGUCAGAAUCAACGGCUGACAGGGGAGGUCAAGAAACUGCCCAAGGCAAUUGCUAUUCUGCGUAAACGGCAUUCUCGGGAUGAUACCCCCAUGAAGGAUGGUCCCCUAGGGACGGCCAGCGAAGACCUCGAGGUCUUCGAAAUUGUAAAGUACAAGCUCAUGUUCAGUCACCGGCCUGAGCCAGUCGGCACGUCUUGA